ACUACGGUUCUCCGAUGACGAUUUUCUAGUCGCUUUGUAGUUUGAGUAAGCUGUGGUGUUGCUGAAUCAUAGACUCGGUUUUUUCUUAAGAUUAAUUUUCUAUUAUUUAUGUGAAGCUCUAGUUAGGAGGAGCGAAGAUGGUUCUAGCCGAAAAAAACAGUGAAAAUGCCCGAAACGGUCGGAGUCGAGGACCGAGUCCCAAUGGUCACGUUCAAGACUCCACAAGCGAGGAUGAAAGCUCAGUUCCAGUAGAUAAGAUUCGAGUUGGGCGAGACUACCAGGCCAUUUGCCCCGAACUUCAGCCGGAAUCGCAGCGAAAACCCGAAUUAUUGGCCGAUCGAGCGCUACUUGUAUGGUCACCAACUGAGUCCAUCCCCGAGUCAAAGCUGGAGGAUUACAUAGUUUUAGCCAAAGACAAGUACGGUUACAACGGGGAGCAGGCGCUUGGGAUGCUCUUUUGGCACAAGCAUGAUUUAGACCGGGCGGUGCUGGACUUGGCGAACUUCACCCCCUUCCCCGACGAGUGGUCGGUCGAAGACAAGGUGCUGUUCGAGCAGGCGUUUCAGUUCCACGGCAAAAGCUUUCAUAGGAUAAGACAAAUGUUGCCAGAUAAAAGUAUUGCAAGUUUAGUCAAGUAUUACUACAGUUGGAAAAAGACAAGGUCUAGGACCAGCCUCAUGGACAAGCAGGCACGUAAGUUGAACACCCCCAAGGAGGAAGGGGGCGCUUCAGAGGCCGGCUCAGAGGGAGGAUCCAACGAGGAAUCAGACCAUGACGAUAAGAAAUGGACAAUACAUCGUGGCAUUCGUCGUAAAAGCGGUUCACCAAGUCGUACGGGUCAACCUCCCGACGAGAACGCUACUCAGGGUGAGGGUGGCGCGUGCUCUAACUGCGGAGUCGCCUGUACCGUCACUCAAGUGACGUCCAAGGGGUCCCUCUGUAAUUCCUGCUACCAACACUGGAGACGAACGGGAUUGUUGCGGCCCACAUCGGGGCCCACGGGUGGCAAGCGCGGGUCCCCACUGGGCGGACGCCACAAGCGCAAGCCCCCUCGCGGCAUGUACAUCAACCACGACGAUCUGGCUGCGAUGGCGUCAGGCAACGCGGGUGUGCUCAUGCUUAAGGCGAUGGAUCGAGAAUUAGAUUCCCUCCAAAGACAAAUCCAGCAGAACAAGCAGAAUAUAAGUUCCUUAAAGCGCAAGCAUGCAGACUCCAUUGAAGAUCUCCGUCCAACAAAUGACAAUUCGUCUCGUAUUAACGCCCGCUGGACAAACGAGGAAUUGCUCUUGGCUGUCCAAGGCGUGCGUAAGUACGGCAAAGACUUUAAAAGCAUCGCCGAAGUAUUGGGUAACAAAACUGAACACCAUGUGCGUACGUUUUUCGUUAAUUACCGUAAAAGAUAUAAUUUAGACAAUGUUCUAAAAGACUGGGAAAAAGAUAAUGGGCCUUUGCCUGAAGAUAACGGCGACGUUAAAGUCGAAUUGGACGAUUCCAACAAUGAUAACGAUGUUAUUUGUAUAUCACCGACCCCAAAAAAAGAAAUGAAAAACGGGAAAGUCACUCAAGCUAGUAAAUGAUAACUUUGUACUCGUUUCUGAUUUGUUGGAUAGGUUCGUUUUUUAUUCAUAUCGACGUGUAUUAUGUAUUGUUUUUAAUAAAAUAAUAUAUCCAACAGAUAAACAAUCAUUGUACAUAGGGACCUAGUUUUAGGAGUCGUGUUCUUAUGAAUGAAUGUGUAUUAUUUUGCAUUUUGAAAAAGUUAUAUUUUAUACACGUUUUAAAUCAAGUGAAACGUUUUUUUAUUUGCCAUUAGAAAGAGUAGUUGUUAAAACGUGUAUUGCAAUCUAAUACGAUAAUAUCGAAUUAAGAUUACUAAGUUUAGUUGUUGCAAAUUAAGAUAUAAAAGGCAAGAGCUUAAUCGUUUCAACUGCAAUUUUAAUGAAAAUAUUACACGUGUUAGAAUAGGCAAUAUCGUAAUAAUUUGGAUAAAUGCCAGUUGUACAUUGUAUAAAUACCACACUUUAUUUAUAUACCUAAAAAAAGGAUAGUUGAUACGAUAUCACUGAUUUUUGUCCAAAGAAUUUUUUCAUUUUUUUAGUUUAUUUUGAUUUUACUGUGUAAAUACACGUUAUUUUUGUAUAAGUAGCGGCGAAAAUGAGUUGUAUUGUUAUUGGCUUUACUUUUUGCUUGACUUUAAUGAAGGGAGUCGGCAAAAAAAAAGAAUGAGUUAAUUUAUAAUUAUUUAUUUCAACAAAUUUUUAACGUUUCAUACAUUACAAUAUUAUGCCAAUCGUAAGACUCUAUCAUUUUAUCCUCCAAUAUGUCUUAUUGUUUUUGUACGUAAUAAGUAAUGUCAUUAGCAUAGACUUAUUGUAUUAAUGAUAAUAAAGAUUUAUUCCAUA